GGGCUUGUUUAUAUACGGGGCGGGGGCAGCGCCGCAAUCAGUAGGUCCUGAGCUCUGCGCUGCUAGCUUCGCAGCUCUGGGCGGGCAGCUGGUCCCCUGUCUGCCACAAAGCCACGGCAGCAUGUACCUCCAGGCCGCUAGAGCUCUGGUGGAGCCCCCGCCAGCGGGCCAGUGGCCAGACCCUCGUCGUCACCGUCACCCACACCUACAGCGCUGGCCUUUGUUUGGCCGCGAUCCCGGCGGCACACCUGCGUUGCUGCUUCGAGGCCGCCUUCUAGCGCAAGUACCGGUACAAGCCAAGCGUGGCAGCGCCCCUCUUCUCCCCGGCCGGGAAGCGAUCCUGCGCAAGCCAAAUCUUAGCACUUUGGAUGGCUUUUCUGACCAUCUGCGGUGCCAGCCAUCCAUCCAUGUACACAUCGCAUCGAGCAGCUUGGCACGCCCACCACCCACCACCACGUCGCUCUCUUUCUCUCUCGCGCGCUCUCUGCCGUUACUCUAUUGUGUCUAACUAAUACCCUGCCGGCGUCCUUUUUAUGGUGCCAGCACAGCGUCCAAGCUAAUUUUUCUUUUACCAGCACCAUGGUGUGAAAGAAAAGAAACUUUCCACUUCUUUUGCGCUGGAGAAAGAGCUCCAUUAUCCCAACUCCAAACUCUCUGAUCCGGCUUGCUCAGCUUCGACCGGUGUACGAUGAGAAGAUUUAUUCCCGUCCUUGUCCGGCCACACCACAAAGGAGCAAGGACAAGCAU